UCGUUUCGUUGUAUAAGCGUUGUGUGAGAAGGUUGUUACUGGAUUCUCAUCAAGCAUAAUUUUGUUAAUCUUUAAGUAAUUUAACCGACGGCUGAUAUGAUUACAGCGAACAGUUUUGUGUUGCUAGUGGUGGCGUAUAGUCACGUAUAAGUAACCAGUUGGUGUGUUUUUGAUGUAAUAAUUAAAAUGAUUUCGUAUGAAGAGGCGACAUCGUUUUUAGAAAAUGUUUUAGAACUACCCAAAACAUGGAAAAAGACAUUCGACGACGACAAAAUCGCAUUUCUACGGAUGUAUGUGAAACAUCACGUAACUAGAGUACCGUUUCAGAAUAUUACAAUGGCGAUAGUCAGCCCAGAGGAACGUCACCGACCAACAGUAGAAGAGUUAAUUAGUCAAGGGCUGACGGGAAUCGGUGGAUGCUGUUUAAAUCUCAAUUUCUUCACCACCAUUUUGAUGCAGGCUCUAGGCCUAGAUGCAUUCGCUGUUCAAGGAACGCAUUUCAUGGCACCGGUUGAUGGGACGCACUGUAUGUGCAUGGUUCGGCUGAAUGAGAACGAAUUGUUUAUGGUGGAAGUGGGAGCUGGCUAUCCAUUUUUGGACGUAAUACCAAUGCAAAAUCUUCCGUUUCGAUUCACGGCUGGUGGAUAUGUGAACGAAUUUCGGCAGAUUUCGGAUGGCAAAAUUGGACGUUUUCAAAUUGGUGGUGGAUUGUUCGGAGGAGAUUAUAUCGGAAAAACCGAAUCAUUGCGAACAUCUUGGGAUUUGAUUCCAAGGAAUUAUGAAGAUUUUGACCAUGCAAUGGACAUGACCUUUACGUCGGUCCCGCAUUCGAGCCUGCUGAAAACUAACUACUUUUGCCGCUACUUCUUUCCCGGUGAAUACGAAAAACUGUAUCCUGAUGUUGCUACCCCAGCAGAUAGUGAAAGGCAACCGAACGAACCAAACUCUGCGGACACUCCAACCAAUUACGUGUUCAUCUUUAAGCGUCGCAUCAUUAUCGGCGAUGAGUACUCACGGAAAUAUGUUCGCCAUUUCGAAUCAUACGAUGAAAUGGUACCGGAAAUCGCAAAAUGUUUUCCCAAAUUGAAGCUGCACGACAUUAAACAAGUGCUGGAAAUGUUUGCAACAAUCGAAAUUGUUCCCUCUCCGUACGAUCACAUUUUGUAGUGAGGGUGCUACUGGUUAAUUGCCAUUGUAACCACAAUACAAUCGAAGAAAUCAAGAAAUCACA